AAAUGCAAGACACUAGGAUGGCCUCCAUUGUCCUGGCAGAAAGUCUAACAAGUGAAGUCACAUGUCCGAUCUGUCUGGAUUUCUACAAAGAUCCUGUCCGCCUAGAAUGUGAGCAUAACUUCUGUCGGGCCUGCAUCUCCAGCUACUGGAAGAACAGUGAGUCUAUUUACACCUGCCCUCAGUGUAAGGAGAUCUUCCCACAGCUUCAGCUGAAGAGCAACCGUCUAUUGGCAAGCAUCGUUGAGAGAGUACGGCAGCUUCAUGUUGACUCCAUCAGCCAGAAGGAGUCGGGGCUGCUGCUUUGUGAAAAGCAUGAUGAGAAACUGAAGCUCUACUGUGAGGAUGACCAGGAGCCAAUCUGUGUGGUAUGUGGUGUCUCCAGGGACCACAAGAAGCAUAAACUGACCCCUAUCCACGAGGCCACUCAGCUGUUCAAGGAAAAGCUACAGGCUGCCUUGAGCCAGCUUGAGAAACAAAAGGAUUCAAUCGGGAAGUUCCAUUCUGAGCAAAUGAAAACCAUUCAGGAGGUCAAGGAUUCAGCACUGACACUGAAGGAGCACAUCACCAGCGAGUAUGAAAAGCUGCAGAGAUUCCUGGAGGCAGACAGGGAUGCCCUGCUGGCAGAACUUCACAAUGAGGAAGAGAUACUUCUGCAGAAGAUGGAAGACAACUUGAGAGGAAUCAAUGAGGAGCAAGCCAGCCUGGAGCAAGCAAUGGCACACAUUGAGGAAAGACUCAAAGAAGAAGACUCCUCGGUGCUCCUACUGAAUGUGAAAACAAUGAAUGACAGGCUGAGAAAAGGAAUAAAAGAAGUAUCAGUGCAAAGAGGAAACCUCAGCACGGGGAGGUUCCAUGGACCCAUACAGUAUGCAGCUUGGAAGAAAAUGAGAAACGUCAUUCAUCCAGUGCCAGUACAGCUCACAUUCAACCCAACAACAGCCAAUCCAUAUCUGGUGCUUUCUGAAGACCUGACCACUGUGAGAUAUUCCUUCACCUCAGAGCAACUUCCUGAAAACCCAGAACGUUUUGAUUUUUGUGCCUGUGUGCUUGCAUCACAGGGCUUCACAUCUGGAAACCACUACUGGGAAGUGGAUGUGGGCAACUAUCCUGAUUGGGACAUUGGUGUGGCAGCAGAGUCUGUAGGCAGAGAUGGCUGGAUCAUCCUUGACCCUGAGAAUGGCUUCUGGACAUUUGGACACGUGGCUUGCUCACGAGUUGGCGUCUAUCUUGACUGGGAAGGUGGACAGCUGUCCUUUUAUGAUGCAAGCAGCAUGUCUCACCUUCACACAGUCAUGGACAAUUUCAUGGAGAAACUCUACCCCUUCUUUUACCCUAGUGCAGAAUCAAGUGCCAAGCCUCUGCAGCUGCUUUAUCCAAGAGUAUAAAGCUGAAAAAAGAGACAAGUGGAUGAAAGGAAACAAAAUUCAAGGAACUGUCACAUAUAUUUGUGGAAGAAUAAGCAUGUCUCUGUAUAUUGUAACUCAUAUAAUUAAUGUAAUGAUCUCCUUUGCUAUAGCAGCCCACAAAUAUGGUUUAUGGAGACCUGCAGCUACAAUUGUUAGGGAAUUUUGGUGCUGUGCAAAUCACUGAAAACUGCUGAAAUGCUGGGACUCCUUAGUGUGUGUCACAGAAUAGAGAAACUGAAUAUCCAAAAAUGACUUGCAUAUAAGUCAAAGAUUGCUGUUCCUUGGAAUAUUCCAUUUUCCCUGAUGUAUAGCAAUCUCAAAUUUAGUAUUUGCAAGUUUACAGGUUGCAUGAGUGCUUGCCCCAGCAAAAUAAAUAAUUUAAAUGGAGAAAAAUGACAUUCAACAUUCAUUGUUCUGUGUAUUUAGUCUUUUUCUUUCUGCAUUUUUGGGGCUCAUUGUAAUGAGUAUUAACCUUUCGAUAAUUAGACAUUUUUUUACUCUUGAUUUUACAUCUAUGAUUGAAGUUGAUGAGCAUGUCUCCGUGGUGCAGUGGGAAUAAGCCCUAACUAUGACCCAGACACAUGGUAUUUGAUUGGAGGCACCAGCACCACAAGAGCAAGGCAGUGGUAGGGAGGAGUAAAAGGUUAUGCCCUGCUUACCUCCUCCUAGGUGGAGGGGUCACAUGCCUGAGGAACACAUAUGAGUGAUAUGAUUUCUCUGAUGGAUACAAGGAAAACUAGCUCUCCUGUUUUGAGUUUUGUGGGUGAGGUUACUUGCUGGAGUUCAUCCCUUGCUGAAGGCAAGGACUGACUAGUGUUGACCCUUACUACAUAUCCUACCUGCCCUAGUAGAUCCAAGUGGACACAGGGAUGUAGAGCCAAAAAGAAAAAAAAUGAACAAACUCUGAUGUCUGUGUAUAUGAUAGGCCCUGUUAGCAGACCCUCACUUGAUGAUGAGGAACAAAUGGAUCAUUUGGCUAGGAGCAAGCUGAUAAUCAGCAGGCAACUGGGGGCAAAAAAAUGUAAAAAGAAUGACUGAAACUGUAAUGCAAGCAGAAAUCUAAUACUAAACAGCUUAGCUGACCAUAUAAUGCCUUAGCUAAGUACAAAAGAGCUGUAGCUGUGAAUAAGUCAUACAUCUAUGACAUUAUUGGUAACCAGAACAUAUAGGGUAAUUGUAAAUCUACAUAAAUGUUGUUACGUGAGUUACAGCACUUAAACAGUUUCCACAUAAGGACUAGGUACCAUUAGAAUACAGAUGUACAGUUUAGCACACCAAAGAAUGUUCAGGUGAGACCAGAAUGAAUUUGUGUGGUUAUUUACAGUAGAACCCUGACCCCCAACAGUGAAUGAGCUCCAAUACAGGGUUCGAACUAGGCAGUGAAGAUGCAGGUGGACAACAAAAGUGUUGCUACAUUGUCAUAGUGUCUUAUCUGCAUCUAAGCCCAGCUACAAAAUAGUUAAAAAGAAGGCAGGUUUUAAUGGUCCAAAGGUGCUUUUAGCAGGCUGCUGUCCUUACACAAUAACUUGGCAGACAAAAUCUGGACAAAGGCAUGCUUAGUACAUGUGCUACAGAAGGCAUAGCAGUCUAGUGGUCUUUCCUGACUACAGGAAGACUUCAGCCAUAACAUCACUCGUGAUGUGCCUGAAGCAGAUCUUACAUAAAUCAUCCACUCACUCCAAAUCACAAAUAGGAAACAUUAACAGACAAAAUGCUUUGUCAUGCAACAAAAGCAAUGAGUAUCCCACCUUUGUGCAGUGUGUAGCUGUCUUUGCAAAAAUACAGUUUGUAAUGGCAGAACUCAUGAAAUGGUUGCACAAUUGACGUGUUAGAAACCUGUUUGUAGCUAAAUCUGUGUGUACUAAUGCAUUGCAUAAUAGCUUGAAAGGCAUUGAGACUUUGAGACUGUUGUAUGUGUACAGCUGAUGCAAAAAUGUUUUUUUUCUUUUGUGGGAAAUGGAUAUACUCUGUUAUUCAAACUGAAGAUUUGUAUUGCGUUUUUACAAAUGGAAUAGAUAUACUGCACCAUGUUUGCUGUUUUGGAUUUAU